AUGGCCCAAAAUGGUAGUUCUUGUUUUGGCAGUGGUAUCACCGUUUGCUUUGGUGGAAGUAGUGGCUGUGGCAAUAGCAAUAAUGGAGGAGGUGAUGAGGGUGGAGGAGGUGGAGGUGGGAAUGGGGGUGGAGGUGGAGGUGGAAACAAAAAGCCUGAAGAGUUGCAACCAUAUCCAGUGAAAGAGCAAUUACCCCGUGUCCAGUAUUGUAUAAACAGCCCACCUCGGCGGCCUCUUGUAAUGGGUUUCCAACAUUAUAUUUUAUCUCUUGGCAUGACUCGUGUUGAUACGGAGCAUAAUCGUUCCUCAAAUGGGCGAGUGGUCGAGAAGGCUAGGGUGAUACGGACUUUGCUCCUUAUAACGGGAUUGAGCACAUUUUUUCAAACUUUAUUUGGUACCCGCUUACCAUCGGUAGUCGUGGGUUCCUAUACGUAUAUGAUACCAACUACAUCGAUUGUUCUUGCUAGCGGACAUUCUUCACUAUUGGAUAACCAAGAGAGGUUUGUCCAAACAAUGAGAGCAAUACAAGGUGCCCUAAUUAUUACCUGGUUGCUUCCAAAUGGUAAUGGGAUUCUUGGGUUUGUGGAGAAAUAUAGUGAGAUAAUAUUUUUGCGGUAUCUUCCUCAUUAUGUGCAAUCAAAGAGGCCUAUAUGUGAUCGAUUUGCAGUUCUAUUCUCAACUACAAUCACAUGGUUAUUUGCACAACUUCGACCACAAGCACGAGUGUAUAAUAAGAAAUCCGAAAUCACACAAAUGACUUGUCGCACCGAUCGUGCUGGCCUUAUUAAGUGCAUCCCCUUGGCUAAUGAAGCUUUUGCAAUGAUGGUCGCUUCUUUUGUUUCUCUAUUCGAGUCAACUAGUACAUUUUAUGCAACGACAAGGUAUGGAAGUGCCACUUCGUACCACAUUCGGUUGUCGAUCGUGGCACUCGGUUGGGCUGGUAGACAUUCUUCUCCGAUCUCCGAUGUUCACUAA